ACUCGUUGCUUUCCCCGGACUGCCGAUAGGGUCAUCCGGCGGCCGGUAUCCAAAGAGAGAGAGAGCAUGGGUGACGAGGGGGGAACCACAUCCGCGGCCUUCCGGAAUUGCAGCCAGAAAUCCACAAUGCCCCCUCGGCUAGCCCAGAAGCAAAGAGAGGCGACUCCAUCGGUAUUCAACCCCAACGUCGAGACCAGCUAUGGCCUCUCUUGCGGUCGUGAUACACCACCACCACAGGGUAGAGAGAUCAGGGCCAAAGGGCGGCAUUGGGGCCCAGUACCAGAUCGCAGAGGAGGUCCCCUGGGCCGGUGACAAACUCGCAGUAAAGUCGAUGCUUUGUAUCAAGGUCCCCUGCCGAGCAUCAAAUGUCGACGAAACUCCCGCCCACAUCCAGAGCCACGGCACUCUGGACUUCCCGUUCGUCCUUUCUCUAUGCUGCCAAAGGGCUGGCGGCCUCUGAUGAUGCCCAUUAGAGCACCGACGCCCAUUAAACUACCGACAUCCUUCUUGGCAAGUCAUUCAAACGUCAAAGUCGAAACCUUGGCAUCGGCUACAGCGUCGGCUACCCUACUACCAGGAAUCCAACGAACUUGUCGAGGGGGGACGAUUCCUGAAGCCUUGAAA